AUGGUGCCAGAACGGGAAUGGCAUGUUCCUUCUGGCCUCAUCUGCCACCCCAAUGACAAGGAUAUUCUUUAUCCAUUGGGGUAUGCUGUUGUAAUUCAGGACCUGGACACCAGAACCCAGAGUUUUUUACGUGGCCACACCAACAAUGUUAGCUGCCUGGCCCUGUCCAGGAAAGGGGAAUAUGUAGCAUCUGGACAAUAUACUGCCAUGGGAUUCCAGGCAGACAUCAUUCUGUGGGAAUUCCACACAAAGCAAUUACUUGCUCGGCUGGCCCGCCAUAAAGGCAAAGUGGAAAGACUGGCCUUUUCAGUGACCAGCCUGUACCUCGUGUCACUGGGAGGCCAGGAUGAUGGCAGCGUGGUUGUGUGGGACAUUGGGAAGAGAGAGGCUGUCUGUGGGAGCCCUGCCUCGCCUCGCAGCGCGGGCAGUGCCACCGUCCUGUUGUGCUCCAACUCCAGAGAUGAGAUGUUUGUUACAUCUGGAAAUUUCACUGUUCGAAUAUGGGAACUGGAUGUAAAAAAUAGGAAGAUCUGGCCAAGUGACUGCCAGACAGGGAGCCUGAAGAGAGUGGCCGCGUGUAUUAAGAUGGCAGAUGAUGACAAUUAUUUUUAUUUUGGCACAACAAGUGGUGAUAUAUUGAAAAUGAAUACAAAUAACAAACUGAUGGUUGGCUGUGGACCCCAGAAGAAGUUGUUUGGCUUGGGAGUCACAGCUUUGAUUUUGCUGAAGACAGGAGAUUUUAUAGUCGGCACCGGCGAAGGGAUUGUAGCUCUCUGUACAGGCACAAACUACAGAGUCAUGAAGAAAAUUGAAGUUCAUGGUGCUGUCACUUCCCUGACAUGUAGAGGUCAGGGUUACCAGUUCUUUGUAGGGACAAGUGAGUGCCAGAUUUAUCAAGUUACCUACACUGAGUUUAAAGAGGAGCUGUUUGUUGUCUGUCACAGCGAAGCCGUCCACGACAUCGUUUUUCCUUUUGGAACUCCUGACCUGUUUGUUACCUGCUCCAGAAAUGAUAUCCGCGUGUGGCUCACCCCAGAAAACAAGGAGCUCGUACGGAUCGUCAACCGCAACAUGACCUGCAAUGCUGUAGAGGUUAUGAAGGAUGGGGAGAGCAUCAUUUCAGGUUGGAGUGACGGGACAAUCCGUGCCUUCACGCCACAGACUGGGCGGGUGAUGUACGUGAUUAUCAACGCCCACAGCCAGGAGGUGUCUGCCCUUGCCGCCACCAGUGACUGCAAGCAGAUCAUUAGUGGAGGAGGUGAAGGGCAGGUGAGGGUCUGGGAGAUUAGUGAAAAGACUCAGAAACUGGUGGAAGUUAUGAAGCAGCACACAGCUGGUGUGUCCUGCAUUAAGAUUACGAAGAACGACAAGGAGUGUGUCACAGCCAGCCUGGAUGGAUCGUGCAUCAUCUGGGAUCUUGUGCAUUUUGUAAGAAAACAAAUGAUUCUAGCCAAAACAUUGUUCAAAUGUGUGUGUUACUAUCCUGAGGAGUUCCAGAUACUCACCGGUGGGACUGACAGAAAGAUUGGCUUCUGGGAAGUGAUCGAUGGCUCUGAGGUCCGAAGCGUGGAGGGGUCUGCAUCAGGUUCCAUCAAUGGGAUGGACAUCACCUCAAGUGGGACACACUUUGUUACAGGUGGUGAUGACCAGCUGGUGAAGCUGUGGAGCUACAACGAGGGUGAAGCGACUCAUGUUGGGGUGGGUCACAGCGGCAACAUCUCCCGUGUCAAGAUCAGCCCCGGGAACAAGUACAUCGUGAGCGUGAGUGUAGAUGGUGCCAUCCUGAUCUGGAAGUACCCAGACCUGCAGUCCUCCCUGACGUGCCCUCACUGCCUGAAGCAGAGCAACACCUUCGACCCCUUCCUGUGCAUCUCCCUGCCCAUCCCGCUGCGCCAGACCCGGGCUCUGAACGUCACCCUGGUGCUGCAGUGCGAGCGGCGGCGGUUCGUGCGGGUGGGGCUGGCGGUGCCCCUGCUGGGGACAGUGGCCCAGCUGCGGGAGAUGGUGGCGCGGGAGGGACACAUCCCCCCCGAGCAGCUGAUUGGUGGGAAGAAGGUGUGCUGUGAUUGGUUUGGGCCACCGCUGGUGCUGCGGGAGGAGCGGAGCAUCUCCUGGGAUCAGCUCCAGCAGAGCAUCCUGACCCAGCUGCGGGCCCUGCUGCGAGGAGAGGUGCAGGCCCAGGGCACAGGAACCCUCUUCCGCAUCCGCCUGGCUGGGGGCUCAGCCCCAUGUCCCUACCUGUCCCCGCAGGACCCCCGCCCCCUCUGCCACCCUGCCAUCGACAGAGCCCUGCAGCUGAGUGGGGCAGGUGGCCCUCCCCACGUGAAGCUGACGGUGGAGUGGGACACGAGCACCAAAGAGCGCCUUUUUGGCAGCCUGCGGGAGGAGGCGGUGCAGGACUUGGAGAGCGUGCGGCUGCAGCAGCAGGCACACCGGCAGCAGCACAGCUGCACGCUGGACCAGUGCUUCCAGCUCUACACCAAGGAGGAGCAGCUGGCCCCAGACGACGCCUGGCGCUGCCCGCACUGCCAGGUGCCUCAGCAGGGCACGGUGAAGCUGAGCCUCUGGACGCUGCCCGACAUCCUCAUCAUCCACCUCAAGCGGUUCCGGCAGGAGGCUGAGCACCGGCACAAACUCACCACGCUGGGUACCAGCCCUCCCCGUCCCACCAAGAUGGGUGGGGGGCCGGUGCCACCCAAACCCAUCCACUACACGUCCUCCCCUCCUAAGCGGGAUUGUCCUCUGCACACUCUGCUUGGUCCCAAAACACAGGAAAGGAACUGCCACAAGCCCACCCCAGGUUUGGGACCACCUCAAAACUAG